AUGGCAGACCAAUGGCCUGCAAAGAAAGUGCGCGAGACCUUCCUUGACUUCUUCAAGCAGAGGCACCACAGUUUUGUUCCACCCUCGUCUGCUUCUUUUGGCGAUUAUUUCAAGAAGGAGGCGAUUGGAUAUGCGUGGGAGCUGCUCACUGAGGUUUUCGGUCUCGAUCCUAACAGAAUCUACGUCACAUACUUCGAGGGUUACGCACCAAGUGGACUUGGCCCAGACGACGAGGCCAAGGACCUGCUUCGCGAGAUCGGCGUUGCUGAUGAUCACAUCGUGGCGGGUAACAUUAAGGAUGACUUUCGGGAGAUGGGAGACCAAGGUCCUUGUGGCCCUUGCAUCGAACUUCACUAUGAGUUGAUCGGAGGCCGCAACGCUACGCACCUUGUCAACCAAGAUGGUCCGGACGUCAUAGAGAUCUGGAUUGACGUUUUCGUGCAGUACAACAGAGAAGCCGACAAAUCUCUGCGAUUACCCCCAAGCAAACAUAUCGACACCGGUCUAGGAUUUGAACGCUUGCUAUCCGUAUUGCAAAACAAGACAUCGAACUAUGAUACAGACCUCUUUACUCCUCUCUUCGACAAGAUUCAAGAGGUUAUAGGUGCUUGCUCGUACCGAGGACGGUUUGGCAUCGAGGAUACUGAUGGGAUCGACACCGCUUAUCGCGCUGUUGCUGACCACGUGCGUACGAGUGUGUUCGCCAUAUCGGAUGGGGUGAUACCUAAUAACGUCGGCCGCGGGUACAUUGUACGAAGAACUGUGCGACGCGGUGCUGGCUAUGGUAGAAAGUAUCUGAAUGCUGAGCUUGGGUCAUUUUUUUCUAAAAUCGUCCCUACUGUCAUUGAGCAUAUGGGAGACACGUUCCCAGAGAUUCGAAGAAAAGAAACAGAGUUCAAGGAGGCCAUGUUCAACAAAUAUGUUCAGGCUUGUCAGUCUGAGGGUUCGAAGUACCUUCAUGGAGCAUACGUGUGGCGCCUAUACGACAUAUAUGGAUUCCCGAUCGACCUGACCAAGUUAAUAGCUGAAGAGCAAGGCCUGCAUAUCAAGGACGAGGAAGUGUCUGCUGCCCAGAGGGGUGAAAAGAAGGUUAACUCUCAGACCACCGUUCACGAUCUCGCUAGCAUAGCACUACGCAAAAUAUCAAAAAGGAGUGAUACAGGCGACACUCAAGGCCAUCUACUUCAACAAAAAGUUUGUCAAAAGCACCUCGAAGUUCCUCAGGGUGAAGAGUUUGGUGUACUCCUCCACAAGACAAAUUUCUACGCUAAGUCUGGGGGUCAGCAAUUUGACACUGGACGCUUAGUCAUUGAUAAUCUUGCAGAGCUUGAUGUCAGAAACGUUCAAUCCUACAAAGGAUAUGUGCUUCAUACUGGCUUCUUGAAGUAUGGUUCGUUGGCAGUGGGCGAUGAGUUACUCGCCGAAUACGACGAGUCGCGACGUCAACCAAUUCGAAUGAACCACACUGGAACGCACAUUCUCAAUUUUGCACUGCGGGAGGUCUUGGGGAAAGAGGUUGAGCAACAUGGAUCGCUCCUCGCACCGGAGAAGUUACGGUUCGAUUUUUCCCACAAGACUGGUGUUAUUGAUGAGGAGUUAGAGCGGAUUGAGGAAAUCUCAGACAAGUACAUCAAGGAUGGAAAGUUGUUAUUUGCGUCGGACGUUAAUCUAUCAACCGCGAGACGAAAACAAGGUGUGCGUGCUGUGCUUGGCGAGACGUGUCUUGACCCUGUUAGAGUUGUCUCCAUCGGAAUGCCUGUGGAAAAUCUCGUCUCUGACGUUGCUUCCAAAGGUUGGUGGAAGUACAGUAUCGAGUUCUGUGGAGGAACUCAUGUCGAGCGAACUAGUGAAGUCCAAGAGCUUACCGUACUCGAAGAGUAUGGCAUUGCGAAGGGCAUCCGACGAAUCGUCGCCGUGACUGGUCAAGACGCCUUGGAAGCCCGACGCGUAGCUAGCUCUUUUGAAGCUGAGAGCCUUAAUCCGAUCGAGCACAUGGCUUUCUCUUUCGAAAAAGAAAAGCGCGUCAAGGAAGCUCAACUUCAACUUGCGAGGAUUGCUAUCCCAACAUUGACCAAGAAAGCGCUCACAAAGCGCCUCGAAAAAGUCGUCAAGACCACAUUGAAAGAGCAGAAAGAGGUUCAGAGACAUCAAUUCAAUGACGCCAUUCAACUCGUGGAUACACACUUUGAACAGAAUAGCAAUAGUGUUUCAUUCGUCGCUAAUCUCCCCUCCAAAUCAUCCGCCAGAACCAUCUCUGCGGCAGUCAAGCACAUAUCUAACCAAAACUAUGGCAAGAGUGUGUAUUUAAUCGGCGUCGACAGUGCCACAGAAAAAGUUGCUCACGGAUGCUAUGUUGCACCGGAGCACUCAUCCAAGGGCUUAAAUGCAAACGAGUGGGUCGCGCAGGUCGCAGGUGCGCUAGGAGGUAAACAGGGGGCAAAGGGUCAACGAGCGUCGGGAGUGGUGGAGAUGUGGGGAAAAUAUAUGAAGUGGUGGGUGUUGCUAUCGAGCACCUUGAAAAGCUGGGGCUCCAUUGAGAGAGCUUGGCAUGCAGUAUGUGGAUUUAUCGAGAUUAAUAUUUCUGCGUCGCCAAGAGGUGAAUUCCUCACUCCGAGCGCCCGACAUUCAGGCCUCUUAUCCAAGAGCUUAAGGUCGAAUUCAAGAAGAACACUAAUCGAGCAUGCCUUCACGACCAUACUGCCAAGAGAUUUUCACGGACAAGCACUGCGGCCGUACCCAAUAUGCAUCGCUUGUGUCGACGCCAUCGUAAAUUGGUAG